AUGUUCAACGAAAAGGACACCCUCCCGGCUUAUACCACCACCUCAACCCCACAGCUAUCAUGGCGUGUUCCAGCCACCAGCACACGAACGCCAGAACAGCAGUUCAAGCUGGACCUAGAAGCUCAAAAGAACGACAAUGAGCUCGCAAGGAUUCAGGCGGAAUUCGAUGAAGAAACGAGAAAGACGAAGAUCGACCUAGUCUUCCUCACCAUCAAGCUCCUCAUCUUCACUAUCGCGGCAGUGUAUAUCCUGGGGUUUGUUUCCGACGUACUCGCUACACGCGCGCUACACGCCAAAGCAGUGGUCAAGGCUACGCCAGCUGCAAAGAAGGGCCUUGUUAUACGCAAGAAGAAGUAG